AUGGAUGAUCGGAGGUUUCUCUACGUCACUGAUUGGCAGGGAUACCAGGUUAGACGAUGGCAGGUUGGAGAAACCCAGGGAACUGUAGUAGCAGGAGGAAAUGAAUCAGGAAAUCGGCUUGACCAGCUCAAUAACCCGAGAAAAAUAUUUGUUGAUCGAGACCGUUCAGUUUAUGUGUCAGACUGGAACAAUCAUCGUGUGAUGAAGUGGGUAGAAGGAGCAAAAGAAGGAAUUGUGGUGGCUGGUGGUAAUGGUAUUGGAGAUUCUCUUUCUCAACUCAGUAAACCUGAAGGAGUCGUCGUCGACCAGUUGGGAACUGUUUAUGUUGCAGAUAGACUCAAUCACCGAAUAAUGCGUUGGCUGAAAGGAGCAACAGAAGGACAGAUUCUUGUUGGUGGAAAAGGCGCUGGUUCUGAACCAGAUCAACUAAAUGAGCCAAUCGGUCUGUCUUUUGAUCGGUACGGAAAUCUCUUUGUAGUCGAUGCUUAUAAUCAUCGAGUUCAAAAGUACCCAACAUCCAGUGAUCCUACUAGACGUCGACGAUCACGAUCACGAUCUCCGAUAUCAAAUCGUCGAAAAACGCAUGUAUCGUUGGAUAAACACGAAAACGAAUGGCGUGAUGAAAGAUUUGAACAAAAACACCUCGAACAAGAAAUUCUAGAACGCAAGUUACGUGCCGCAAAAUGGCGAUUGGAACGUGAAUUAGAACUUGUGGGUGAUGAAGAUGUAAAACCGUCGACUACGACGCACUCUACUGGGAAUGUCAAUAGCAAACCAGGAGAAGGUUAUAAUGACGAUACUUUCCAAGGCACUACUGCAGUGUCAGUUGAAACCGAUGAAGAGGAUCCUUUGGAUAAAUACAUGGAAGGCAUUAAGCAAGAACUAACUAGUUAUCAUACAAAAUAUAGGACUAGUAAUAAUACAGUAAUGCAGAGUAAUUAUCAGACAAAAGUGUCGGUUAUAAAUCAAAACGGAACUAUUAUAAGAAUUAUUAAGAAAAACAAUACAACUGUGCCGAAUCAAUCGAAGAGUGCCGAGAAGAAUGCAGAAAUUGAAUUCAUGGACACACUGGAUCAGUCUUUAGCAACUUCUCCUAGUAAAACUCAUCGUGUGAUAGAGAAAGGUAUUAUUAUGGAACAAGACAUAGAUGGCUUAGAAUAUUCACCUGAAGACGAAUGUACUGAAGAGGCGGACGGUCUUAGUAGCAUGAUAUCUUUGAAUGGUAAAAAAUCGAAAGCAGAUAGUAUUAUAUCUAAACAUAACGAGUUUAUUCAUCAACCAUUUCGCAAAGAUUUCUAUAUAGCUGUCCCUGAAAUAGCUCAAAUGACAGCUACAAAAGUCGCUCAUUAUCGAAGAGAACUCGAUAAUAUGAAAAUAGCUGGAAAAAACUGUCCAAACCCAAUCAAAACUUGGUCGCAAUGUAUCACAUCGACCAAAAUACUAAAACGCUUAAAAAAGGAUAACUAUGAGAAGCCAACAUCCAUUCAAACUCAAGCCUUGCCGAUUAUACUCUCCGGACGAAAUAUGAUGGGUAUCGCUCAAACAGGCAGUGGAAAAACAUUGGCAUUUUUACUACCAAUGUUUCGUCAUAUAGAAGAACAACCGCCACUAAAAUAUCAAGAUGGUCCAAUAGCUAUAGUGAUGACUCCAACUCGUGAGUUAGCAUUACAAAUCACAAAAGAAUGUAGAAAAUUUGCCAAAUUGUUUGAUAUUCGUUGUGUUGCUGUUUAUGGUGGUAUCGGAGUAGCUGAGCAAAUAUCAGAAUUAAAACGUGGCGCAGAAAUCAUUGUGUGUACACCAGGACGUAUGAUUGAUAUGUUAGCAUUGAAUAAUAACAAAGUAACAAAUCUUCGACGUGUGACGUAUGUUGUUAUCGAUGAAGCUGAUCGGAUGUUUGAUAUGGGUUUUGAGCCACAGAUUAGAACAAUUCUUAACAGCAUUCGACCGGAUCGUCAACUGGUGAUGUUUUCAGCUACGUUUCCUAAAAAAAUGGAAGCCUUGGCUCGUCAACAUCUCUAUAAGCCAAUCGAAGUUACAGUUGGUGGUCGAAGUAUUGUUUGCCAAGAUGUCGUACAGAAUGUUCUUCUUUUUGAUGAUGACGAUCAAAAAUAUGCUAAAUUGCUCGAAUUACUUGGUCUUUAUCAACCCCAUUCAUAUUCAUGCAUGCCAUUACAUGGUGGACUCGAUCAAUAUGAUCGUGAUUCGACAAUAGCAUUCUUUAAAAAUGGUGACAUACCAUUGAUAAUCGCUACUUCAGUCGCUGCACGAGGUUUAGACGUUAAAAAUUUGAUUCUCGUUGUUAAUUAUGAUUGUCCAAAUCACUAUGAAGAAUAUGUCCAUCGUUGUGGACGAACAGGUCGUGCAGGAAACAUCGGUUAUGCCUAUACAUUUAUAACGUCUGCACAAGAAAAAUAUGUCGGUGCAAUAAUAAAAGCUUUAGAAGCAUCUGGAACGUCCGUGCCAGCAGAAUUAACUUUACUACGGGAUAACUAUGUAAAACAAAUGGAAGCACAAGGCAAAAAAGUUCAAGAUAUUCGUGGAUCUUUUGGCGGACGACAUGGUUACAAUUUUGAUUCGUCUGACAAACAACACAAAAAUAUGCAGAAGAGAAUGCAAGGAAUUUUGAUAGGUCUAGAAGAUGCGAAUGACGAUGAUGAAGAGAUAGAUCAACAAAUUGAAUCAAUAUAUAAAAUUUUUUUCGCUGUAUCUGAUACUGUGAUCAAAAUUUCUGAAAUUAAAAAUAAAGGUUAUGGAACUGAUUGGAAUUGGCCAAAAAAAGUUCAAAAAUUCCACUUUUCGACCAAUUCUAGAUCAAUUCCAUAA